GUGUCUGUGUCUGUGUCUGUGUGCAGUGAAGUACUGUGUGGAUAUGUACAGUAGUAAACUCAGUACCUUAUUUGUUUGCUAUAACAUGAUUAGAUUUUGUCCCAACGAUCAAAUAGAUUGGUCACAGUACAUACAUUAUACAUAACUUAUUACUAAUAAUCCAAUCUAAUGUGCGAAGAACAGGUUGGUGAGCUAGUAACUUAUAAUUGGCAUAGCCUGGGAUCUGUCACGAUUUUACAAAAGACAAUAAUUAUUUAUCAUCAAGCAACACGUUUAGGUUGUUAGACACUUAGUAGUCUUUCUAUAAUGUUUCUUUCUCAAGUGAGUUAGAAACAGCCUUGUGAAUAAAGUACAGCCUGUUCCGAACUUCUUGAUUGAAAUCUAUCCAGGUUACUCGUGUUUCUAUUUAUUUAAUUAGGAACACCAAAUUGGAUGAAGAGCUGAUGUGCUGUGUGGGUUAAUUGUACUUGACAGUUUGUACAGCUUCUAUUUGUAUUCCACCACAGUGGCUAACAAACAAAUGAAUGCCAAUUGUACCGUAGGUUGAGCAAUUCUGUUGGAGAUGUGAUGCAGUAUGAGGUAUGAGGUAGAAUUAUGCCACAAUAUAGUGCUGAAAAGUUCAGUUCCUAAGCACAUCUUUGAAAUGAUAUUGGCACUGUGUGUUUCUUGGUGUACAUUUGGUUUUGUUGUCGUUUGACACUGACCAAUGGGUCAUUCAAAUUAUUGACAAUUUUAUGAACAUACAAAGUGCACGCUUUCUGAAGCCUUCCUCCCCUUCCCUAAAGUGGACGUAAUAUUGUUGGUGUAGCUUGACCAGGGUUUCAUAUACUAGAGUGUUGACGGGUAGUCUUCAAUGCUUCUGCAUUGAUACAGUUUCUUCCUCCAUUUCAGUUGACCCACUCAAGUGAUGUCAACUCGAGGUUUCCGGUCAUUCAAGUGGUCAAAAACGAAAACUUUGAGAAAGUUGUGGUAGAGACAGCUGGGUCCUCUAUGGACUGCUGUUGUUUUAGAACAAAAGUGAAAUAGGCUGCCGUGGUUGUACAUGUUUGCAAAUUCCGUACAUAUGGGUGACUAGCAUGGGAACAAUGCAUGAUGCAAUUCCAGCCAUGGAAAAUAUAGAAAUUAGUACGAUCGAGCCAUUUACUACUGAUCAACAUUUUAUAAACCGUACAGAGGCUAUAGCCCCUCUCCUCCUAGCGUACUCUUUGUACGCUUGUGAAGUUGUUGAUAAUUUUGAAUGACGCUUAAAGUUUAGAUGGCAGAUGUGGUCAUCUUGUUUUCGUUGGUAGUAGCACUUGUCUCUCGUGUAAGGGCAAAAAUGGAGACGGUACUUCUGUUUGUGAUAGAAUGGCACAUGGAUAUGCUAAGAAGUUGAAUAGUACAGUAGUCUCCUAUUCUUUUGAAGAAUAUGUCAUCAUUAGGAGUGUUGACUGUCUUGGUCAUUAGGAGUCUUGCAGUAUUGUCAAAACCAUUGUGCAUAGAUAUACUAGUGCAAUUUUGAUUCAUUUGCAGACGUUGACUGUGGUCUUUUAUUAAACAGAUGUCUCAAGAUCUACUUCAGAGUGUAACAACUCUACUGCAGACUGUAACAGUGUUAACAGAUAAUGCCAAUCAUUUUCAGAAAGAAUGUUUGUUUUCUGUUGAUGAUGAGUAUACUGGCCCUUCAUAUCGAAACUAUAGACAUAUUCGAGGUAUUGUUGGAGAGGUCAGUGACAUUGCUGAUGCCAUGCAUGGGAUAAUCAAGUCAUGUAAUGAGAACAGAAUUGAUCAAAUUUUGCUGUCUACUAAAACAAUAGCAGCGGCAUCUGUUCAGUUGUUGGACAUGUGCAAAUCAAGACAUCCCACAUCAUCAACAGCAACUUCCAAAGAUGGUGACACUAAUGACUUGGAGACAUGCAUUCGGUCUGUUAUCAGAGCAACAAAAGCUGUUGGUCAGAGGUCAAAGACUUUGUCUCAUGUCCGUACUUCGCCAUUACCUUCAGGAACAUCGGCAGGAGGAAUAAAUAGAAUGAGAUCUGUUACUCCUGCAACAUUAGGUAGUGGCUCUCACGGAGUGACAGACCCUGACAGUGAUAGCAUUAGCAGUACUAGUGUAGAGGACUCGCCAUAUUAGUGUCUGCCGUUACAGGUAGGAACAAUUCCAUUGAGGCAUCUGCAACGUUUUGUCUGAUUGUCAUUGACAAAAAAUACUGUGGUGUCUCAUAUACUACUUUGGUAUGUUCACUAUUAGAGUGUUUGGGUUAAUUCAUUUCAGCACAAGACCAAAGCAGUCUAAGCCUUCCCUU